GUGCCCUAUUACAUGUGAUAUACAUUAAUAUUAUACAAUCUGAAUUUCAAAAUAUUAUGAGCAACAGUAACAGAACAAAAUUAAAAGAAAGAAUAGAAAAAUUACAUGAAAGUGGAAAAGGAGAGGGACACGGCAGCUUCUAAUUUAAGAUGAAUUUUAUGAGGAGAGAUGAAAUAGAGAUUUUCAGAAUUCAUUAAAAUGAAGUGGAGCAGAGUGGUCGGCUGUAUUUAUACUAAUAUUGGUAAAGUAAAAAGUUGAAAAGAAAUUUAGUGAAUAAAUUUUUGCUUGGUUUGGAGUGAAUCUCUUCUGGUAUUUGGUUCCAGAUUUUGAUACCAAUAAAGGUAUUAAAUUUUUUUCGACAGUCUGUUCUCACCAGAGGGAGAGACAAGUGUUUUUUCGUAACCUGGCGUGUUUUAUAGUUGUGUCUUGCACUAAUUCUGAAAGAACUUGGGUGCAGUUGUUGUUGUAAACAUCGAACAUAAAUUUUGCGGUUUCUAAUUUAAAGAAAUCUUCGAAGAUGAGGAUGCCAAGUUUAGAAAACAGGGGUUUUGAAUCUGUUCUAUAAUCAGCAAAAUACAUAUUUCUGACUGCUCUUUUAAGACUUCUGUUUAAAUUGGCAGUAGCGCAUUUAGAAGCAUUUCCCCUCUUAACAAGACCAUAGCUCCAAUGGAGGGAUAUAAAAGCAUGAUACAAUUGUCUUAGAAUAUCUAAUGAUAUUCUUUUCCCGUGCAAUGAUCCCGUGUAAGGGCAAAUGGUUUUGGGACUAUUUAGACUGAUCCCGUGUAAACGCCUGGAAUUGGAUCCAUAGUAUCCGGAUAUCACUGCAGUUUGAUGACUUUUAAUUUUUAGAGCCAAAACCCUGAACACUCUAAUUUAAGUAGACGAAGUGACAAGGCUCUGUUGCACCUAUCAUUAUGGCUUAGUUCCCUAUCUAUCCUGUACAAACUAAUACAACACAUGACUUACUCUUAAUAUAUAUAAAAUUCUUUAUAAAAAUCCACGAAAGGUCCAUUUAAUUGCAAAAUUCUUUAUUCGAGGCAAGAUGAUAAAUCUGUAUCAAACUCAGGAACGCCAGAGAAGGGGGGCGCGAGGGGUCUACCGCCCCUGUUACCUUUUGAUAGGAGGGGCAAGAGGGGCAAGAGGGGCAAGAGGGGCAAGAGGGGCAAGAGGGGCAAGAGGGGCAAGAGGGGCAAGAGGGGCAAGAGGGGCAAGAGGGGCAAGAGGGGCAAGAGGGGCAAGAGGGGCAAGAGGGGCAAGAGGGGAACGCCAGAGAAGGGGGGCGCGAGGGGUCUACCGCCCCUGUUACCUUUUGAUAGGAGGGGCAAGAGGGGCAAGAGGGGCAAGAGGGGCAAGAGGGGCAAGAGGGGCAAGAGGGGCAAGAGGGGCAAGAGGGGCAAGAGGGGCAAGAGGGGCAAGAGGGGCAAGAGGGGCCAGAGUGCCCUUUUCAUUAAAGUGCCCUUGAAGCCGGCCAAUUGCAAUAAUCAUAGAUAUUCAUAUGAAAUUCUGAUUGUAGUGCUUAAUCUAUAACGACAUUUCUCAAAACUUUUAAAGUAAAGCAUUAUACCAAAAGUUAGUCAAUUUUCAAGAUACCUACAGCAGAUCGAAAUAAAAUGGCAGUUAGUAGAAGGAAUUAGUAGACGCUGGGAGUUAUCUUUUAAAUGCCCUUCUACUCAAUUGCAAGAUUCAAAACUUUUAGAAGUUCUUCAAUACCGUUAUUUAGGCUCUUCAAUACCCUCACUUUCUUUCUCACCUUCAAAUAACGAGCAGCAAGCUUCUUCGCUUUGCUCAGUUUACAAGCCGAGCUUCACUCGGCAUUGCCCUCCAAGGGCUCCGCUAAAGGAGGGUGCUUGGUCCCCAUACUUUGUCCGUCGGCACUUGUUUUUUUCAUCCUAUAGUGUAAUUAUAAUAUUUUUGAAACAAUUGUAACGUGCUAAACUUUCUGCACUAAGUAUGCGCUAAAAAUACAAGUUGAAAUUUUAGAAGUCUUAACAAUAAGUUAGAAACACAUGAAAGCAGCAUAAAAAGGAACGGAUCCAAAGUUUCGGAACUUCUUGGUGUGAUAUGGAUACGAUCCAUACCGCAAGUGUUUACAUCACACGAGAUCGGAUUCUAAACUAUAAAGCGUUUACAUAGGAACGGGAACGGAUCAAAAUCGAAUCUCUCUUUAAAAGCAUGCGCAAUGACAAGGUAAUUGUGAAUAUUCAUUUUGGCGGGAGAACAUCUAAGAUGGCGUCAUUUGGAAGCAAAGAUAAGCAUCCAUUUUUUGAAUUGACAGACAAGGAGACAGCUUUGUUAAUAAAGGUAGUUAUGGAUUAUAAAGCUGCUAAAAUGCAAAACGGCGAAGAAGCUCUACUUAAAUUUAUCAAGGUCUAUCCAGAAACAGCAACAGAGGGAUAAAGAAACAUUUGCAAAAGAAAAGUUAAAAACGAAAAAUGAACAAGAUGAAGAAGACAAGGUUCAGAAAGGCUGUCGACUGUGGAAAAAAGAGUGGGGGUGGGAGUAGUUGCUCUGAAAUCUGGGCAGGAUCACCAGCUGUCAAACAAAUUUUAUAGACAGAGAAAGAACUGCUAAAAGCUCACAAAUUGCAUAAUCUCAGUUUUCUCUUCAGAAUCCUACAUUUCAAUGGCUUAAGAUCAAUAUUCCCAGAUGAACCAUCGCAGAUAAUUUUGAGAUUGCACGUGAUUCGUGACGUCAUAAAGCAUAGACAAUUCAAAUAUAAAGGCUAAUAUCUUCUGUAAUAAUUGUAUAUUCGUACAACAAUGAUGAUUGCAUAUUCGAAUAGUUCUAAAAAAGCUUUCAUUUGGUGUAAGGCAAGUUUAAUCUUGCUGAUGUCAUCGAAUUGAUUGUACGAAUUCCGGCUUGUUGUCCCGGCAAAUUUCAGAGCCAUGACAAGGAUCAAGAAAAUGGUGGAAAUUCUUGUUGACCAAUUGAUUGGAAAAAAGUUAAACAUGAGCAUUUUGAGCUUCUGAUUACAACAACAGGUAUCAUUAAAAGAGUUACAAAGUGAUCUGGAAGAUCUAACAAAUAUUAAUUUUUUAUCAUCACAAAAGUCCUUUUUUUGCUUUUCGGUCUCCAGUCAAAGGAAGUAAUACUGUACAGCUAUUGUCCUGUGGGGGCUUUCUUGAAAUAAGAUAUUAUUCUGCAAUUAUGUUUAUUCGAAAAAAUGAUUUUUUAAAUGGGGGGCUUAUUUGAGGGGGGGGGGCUUAUUCCAGCGUGGGGGCUUAUUCGAGGAUUUAUGGUAUGCAUUUGCUCUCAAAUCUUCUUUUUCAAUUGUGCAAAGUGAAAGGCCUGAAAGGACAGUUAACCUGCAGAAAAUUGUUAAAAAUUUUCUUCGAUCAAGAACAAAGCUGAACAGCUCAAUUCCUUGAUACUUCUAUAUUGUGAAAGAGGUAUUUUAGAUAAAAUGGAUCUACAGCAAAAAGCUAUAAAAUGGGCAAAGCAGAGAAAGAGAUAAUUGGCUGUUUAUUGACUUGUUUUAAUUUCUUUCUUAUUUUUAAAUAUAUCCGAUAUCUAAUAUUGGUUUUAAUGAGUACCAGAACGGCAAUUUGGUUAUGCUUAGAUGUUGCUUUUCUUCUUACGACAAGUUUAAAUGUUCGUAUUACGUUAAUCCAUAUUUUAAGACUGGUAAUCAUUAGUAAUCAUAUGGCAAUAGGGCUAUUUCCACAAAUCAAUUUGGUAGGUACAGUUGAUAUACAGUUCGGAAGAAAAAUUUCUUAAAAAAUUAGAAUUCUCAUCCCACCACGGCCUUUAUAAUGAUCCACUUGCCAGGGACGAAAACAAGUUGCUAACUUUGGAGGGGCGUGGAAGGAUGAAAAUUCCAACUUUAAGUGAGAAAUUCUUCAUUCGAUCAGUAAAUCUACUGCACCUACCAAAUUGAUAUUUGUAAAUACCCCGAACACCAUAGUUCUAUUUUCUUUAUAUUUACCAAAACUUUACUCAAUAAUUAGCUUAAAGCAUAAAACCCUAAACCUCUAAAUUUUGAUUAAAAUGAAACAAACAUUUAAACUUUCUGUAAGAAGUAAAGCAACAUUUAAGCAAAAUCAGUGUUAGAUAUACUUAAUGAUUAGUAGUAUUCUUUCAGAUCAAUUGAUCAAUUUUAUCUAAAAUACAUUUGUUUAACGAUAUAGAAGCACCAAAAAUUUGAGCCUUUUAUUUUUGUAUGAUCGAAGAAAACUACUAACAAUUUUCAGAGGGCCAAUGCCUUUUCGUUCUUUACAAUUGAAAUGAUGAUUUGAGAACAGAUGAAACACUCUUCUUUGUUCAAAUACUACUACUGCAGUUUUUGCAAUGUGUUAUUGCUUCACAGCAGUUUUGUCAUAGGAAUUUAUUAUAAGGAGUCAAAGACGUUAACAAAUGAUAGGGGGAGUUUAGCACAAACUCGUUUUUUAUAAGAAGCAUUGAGAAUUUUUAGUACUGAAAGAUUCUUAAUCUUUUAUUGAAUUAACUACUCGUAGUUUCUUAAAAAACUCCCACUCUAAAAUUUUCUGAUCAAUGCGGGUAUUAUUAUUCCAAACUAUAAUUUUUCAAGUUUCUUAUCCGGCAAUUCACCUUGCCUGUUCGUAAUUUGAUUCAACUCCCGUCAGAAAGAAAGCAAAUGGGGCAAUUGUGCAAUUUGGAUCCAGUGGAGACGGGAUUCACAAUAGAAAACGAUUAGUGGAUGGGUCAGCUUCAGCCUGUGAAUUUUAAUGUUUAGAAUUUUUACAUUUAAAAUCAAAAAACUUCUUAAAAUAUAAAAUUCACGAGUUUGGUCCUAAGAAAAAAAUUCAAAGUCAACCGUUAAGUUUCCAACUGUAACUGGAUUUUCCAAACUUUG